CCAAUAGCGGGGCUGGUUGUUGUUUGGCACUGUUUCGAACGCGGACAGACAGAAGCAAGAGGACCGGUUUGAAGCUAAGCUAAUUUAACCAUAUUACAGCUAGUAAAUUCAUAUUGUUUGCAUUGUUUCUGUUAAAAGCACGCGCCCGUAUUUGUUUGCGAAAAAUCAAAUCUAUCUGUCAAUAUUCUAGCCACCAGGCUAAAAAGUAAAACUGUGCAUUUAUUUGGUAAACCACUCCUGUGCUGCUAGCUGAAUUGGCGGCGAUUAGGCGCCAGUCGUGUUUGACAACAGCGCUAUUCGGUCACGUUCCCGGUGUUGUUGUUUUUAGCUGCAGAGUGAACGAUAGCUAAAAAAAAAAAAAAGUUAAGCAUGGCAGAAUUUCUCGAAGAUCCGUCGGUUCUCACGAAAGAUAAGCUGAAGAAUGAGCUCACAGUCAACAAUGUGCCACUUCCCAGCGGAGAGCAUAAAAAGGAAGUGUAUGUGCAGCUGUAUCUGAAAAACUUAACCAUUCUGAAUAAUAAGAAGAGUCCGCCUGCAGACACCUUCUCCAGCGACGAAGAGUUACCUGCUCCCGUGGUGUCCAACAAAAGUCGAUCUGGAAGAAAAGCUACCAAAAAGACAGACAAGCCCCGCACAGAGGAAGUGGAGGUGACAGAUCUCACUGAUGAAGAUCUUAAACAGCAGCUGGCCAAACAUGGUGUGGACUCAGGACCCAUUGUUGCCACUACCCGUAAAUUGUAUGAGAAGAAGCUGCAGAAGCUUUUGGAUCAGCCUCCAGCUGAACCUGAAGCUCCUACAGACGUCACGGUUCUCCCCAAGGCAGACAGUAACCAGAAUGGCAACACAAAUUCUGACCAGUACAGUGACAAGGAAGAUGAGGAGAUUGCUGCCCCUGAGCCAGUGCCUGUCGUGGAGAAGCCUGUGAGGAGCAGAGGGAAAACCCCAGUUACCGUCAGAACCAGCAGCAGACGGCAAACCAAGGUGGUGGACGAAAUUAUUACUGGACAAACCCCUAAGAAGGCCAGCGAUAGUGUUGUUGAAGAUAUUCUUGCCAAUGAAAUAAGCACACCAACAGGCAUGAGUGCGACUUGCAGGCGUCCGAUCCGAGGGGCAGCUGGUCGACCUUUAAAACCAAGUGAAUACUGGCUGGAUGAGUCCCGUGUGCAGCACAGCACCCACACUGACACCCGCUCCUACUCUGAGUCUUUCUCCAGAGUGGGCAGCUCCGUCUCUUCAAGCAAAGCGCCAGCCCGACGAGGCUCCUUGUCUAUGUUGCUCAAGCUCCUGCUCCUUGUCGUGGUGUGUGGUUCUCUCUUCUAUGUCUACCAGAGCCUGGAUGCCGAUAAAAUCAACACCCUCAAAGGCCUCCUCGACAACGCCAUUGUCCCCCUUCAGGGCGCUGUGAACAACGCAGCCACCUACCUGGGCAUCGGCAGCAGUGCCGGUGCUACAGAGGGCACCGACAAGUAAAGACCCCCCAGCCGUCUCUAGCAGUGCCCACACCACCUCCCUACCGCAGCACACCAACAACUCAAGCAGUAAUCUUGGCUCACAUCAUCUUGCCCCACAUGGUUGGACAGACGUUACAGAUUUAAUUGGAACGAUAAACUUUCUUCCUCCCACCACAAGAGGAACCCGUAGCUUCUGGAUAACACUGUUUUAUGGCAGUCAGAAGAGACUCAUUUUAAUGUUGAUUUUAAUCUGUGAAUUGUUUGUGUCUUUGUGUGUAUUUAACGUGGUAUGUAGAAACGAGUGCAGAAUGGAGAGGCCAGUUUAUCCAUGCAUGGUUGUAGUUUUUGAAAGUCAUACUGUAGUUUAUAACUCUCUGUGCCAGGUUUUUUUCUGAUGGUGAAGUGCCUGGACACUCUUAGCACGUAGUGCCCUCCCAUUUUCGAGCACAAAGCAGUGCUAUUACCAAUAGCAGAAUGUUAAAUGUGUUUCUGUCUGAAUUUCCAAAUUUGCUCUGUAGCUAUAGAGUUAGGUAGAGUGAUUCAUUAUUUCUAUGGUGCUCAGGUCAAUACAACUUUUUAAUGUGGUCUGUGCUGGGAGGAGACACAUGGUGUAAUCACGUUGCAUCACUGCAUGAGGAAAAUCCGCCCACGGUCAGGUUGAGAUAUAAAAAUCGUUUUUCAGUGGCUUAUCACUGCUCGAAUCAUUGUAAAUGGGGCUCUAUGAUUAUGACUAAAAUUAUAAUUCUGGUUACUGUCUUGUUAUCAUGAUUUCUACUGUUGGUGGAUUGAAGAGGAACAUUUAAUAAUCUUGAAACAACACCCUUAUCAAUUUACAAACGAAAUUGUUAAUGAAACAGUUUUUGUAGUAUUAACUAUCUACCACUUAUUUGGCAGUUCCUCCUUAAGUAAACAAAAAAUCUCAGUGUUGGAUCAUAGAUUAUUGGUUCUCCAGCCCUGCCAGUGUGCCCAUUUGAGUUUACAUGCUUUGGGUUGUAGUGCUCUGUUGUGCUUCUUUUGUUUUGUUUAUUAGAUUUCUAAUCCUUCAGUCCUAUGUGCAGGAUUGGCUGUUGCAGUGCACCCACAUAGCUCACCUCAUUGACUGCAAAGAAGACAUGAAGAAAGUUCGUCCUUUUGGGACAGUAAAUCAAUUUAUUACCAUAACAACUCUUGUCUUGACUACUUCUGCCUGAGAAAAUACCACAAUUAAGAGACUGCAUGAAACUCUCAAAAGGGUUGUUAACCUGCUGGGAGGGAGGAUGCAUUCUCUGGAGGUGAUGUUGGGGCUGGGAAGAUUUCUGGGGCAUCUUAUUUUCUAUUUUGAUAUUUUUCUAAAAUGAUGUGUUCCACUUUUUUAUAGCACAUUUAAGGUAACAUUUGAAAGCAAUAUGUAAUACGUGAAAGUGAUACUGUACCUUAAUUUGAACCUUGCUGACUUUACACAAGUGAUUCAUCAUCAGGCAGCUCUAAUGCACAGAAAUGCCAGGGGUUAUGUGGGUAAGGAUUUUUAAUCUGUUUAUGAUAAUGUAGGCAGUGUAUCAUAAAAUAAACGUGGCUCUUACCAGA